CUUCUCUGAAACUUUUCUCUCUCUCUUUUUUUCUUUCUUUUCUGAAUUCAAUCUUCGACAUCGCAAGAUCCAAUCUUUCUAUUCUCUCUCAUUUUCCAUGCAUUGAUCAGAAUAUUUAUGAUCCUACAGUUUCGUCUCUACCUUGUAUUCGCCAUUAACGGUCAUCAUCAGGUAUCUUAUUCUUUUUUGUAAUCUUGCUAAGAUACAACAAUGUCGAAGCUCAAGAAACCUAUACUAGAAUCUAACUGUGUCGCCGAUAAGCUCUGUGACUCGUUGAAUAUGGAAGAUAAUAACAAUGAUAAACCAGAUACUAUUAAUGUCGAUCUUGGAUCACCAAUUACACCGCUUCAGACUCAGCCGAGUGGACUCUCUUCUUCCACCAGUAGUUUCAGUUCUAGCUCUUCUGGAUCGGUCACAGGUCAUGCCGGACAUACUCCCCCGGUUACAAGAAAACCAGAUUCCGUUCAGCCCGUUCCCUCCGCCUCUAAGUCUAAAUCUAGCAAUCUCUCUUCCGCCGCGAAAUCUUCAAAGUCUAGUACUACUCCCUCCUCCGCCGCUCAAUUUGGUGGGUCAUAUAGUCCUGCCCGUGCUCAAUCACGUGCAAGCAGUCAAGUUGGUGCUAAAACCGGGAAUAUAAUAAGACCAUCAUCAAACUCAGCUUCGGUUACGACAAAACCAUCUGGUAAUAAAAGCUCUGUUUCGUCGAAACAGAGCCUCAAAAUACUUCCCGCCGGGAACCUUGUCCCAUCGGGGAAGGUACAGAUUACAGGCAUGACUCAAGAAAAACCAAGAAGCAUGGUUCUUGGACCAGGUGCUAAAUCAUACGGUUACGGUAGCAUUAUACGAGGAAACAACUUAUCUCCGGUGAAGCCAACGAUGAUGUCUGAUUCUUCCUCUGUUUUGCCUUUAACUCUCAGUAAUAACUCUACCGGUGGUCCUGAUGCAUAUACAUCGUGGAAGAUAGCUAUAUAUGGUUCUAAUCCUGAAGAAGUAAAGAGGUUUGGUAACGAAAUGUUCAGGAAAGGUUGUUUCGCUGAGGCUUUGAAGUUGUAUGAUCGAGCAAUAGAGCUAUCACCGAGUAAUGCUACUUACCAUAGCAACCGUGCAGCUGCAUUGUCGAGUUUGGGUCAGAUUGGUGAAGCUGUGAAUGAAUGUGAAAUAGCUAUCAAAUUAGAUCCAAACUUUGCAAGGGCUCAUCACCGUUUAGCCUCAUUGCUUCUUAGAUUAGGUUAUGUGGAUAAUGCAGGGAUACAUUUAUAUUCAGUGGAGGAACCAUUAGAUCCAACGGUGGUGAAGAUGCUUCAACAAGUAGAUAAACACUUGAACAAAUGCACAUAUGCAAGAAGACGCGGUGAAUGGAGUAUUGUUUUGACUGAAGUAAGUGCAGCCAUUGCGUCUGGAGCUGAUUCUUCUCCUCAGCUAGCUAUGUGUAAAGCUGAAGCACUACUGAAACUUCUUCGGCUUGAUGAUGCUCAAAGAGUACUAGAAUGUGUCCCCAAAGUGGAACCAUUCCCAGCUUCUUUCUCACAUACUCGGUUUUUCGAUAUGAUCGCUGAAGCUUACACAUCUUUUGUCAAAUCCCAAAUGGAGUUGGCUCUAGGAAGGUUUGAAAAUGCAGUUGUAACUGCAGAGAAAGCUUCAAAGAUUGAUCCACAAAACAAUGAAGUUGAAAUUUUGUAUAAAAAUGUUAGAUUAAUAACUAGAGCGCGUGAUCGUGGUAACGAUCUUUAUGAACUAGAAAGAUACACUGAAGCAAGAUCAGCUUAUGCAGAAGGCCUUAAGUAUGAUCCAUCCAAUGCUACUCUGUUAUGUUACAGAGCAGAUUGUUUCUUUAAGGUUGGAAUGUGGGAGAGCUCAAUAGAAGAUUGUAACCAUGCAUUGCUUAUACUACCGAGUUACACAAAGCCUCGUCUUCAAAGAGCUGCUUUAUAUACCAAGUUGGAAAGAUGGGCUGAAGCAGUGAGUGAUUAUGAGAUCUUAAGAAAGGAACUGCCUUAUGACAAGGAAAUUGCUGAAUCUUUAUUUCAUGCUCAAGUUGCAUUAAAGAAAUCUCGCGGCGAAGUAGUUCUAAACAUGGAAUUUGGAGGUGAAGUUGAGGAAAUAUCUAGUCUUGAAGAGUUAAAAGCUGCAUUAACUCGUCCUGGAGUUUCAGUUGUACACUUUUUUAGAGCUUCUGAUCCACAAUGCAAGGAGAUAUCCACUUUCGUGGACGCACUAUGUGUUCGUUACCCAUCUUUGCAUUUCCUCAAGGUGGAGAUUGUAAAAUGUCCAGAAGUGGGUAAUGCAGAAAGAGUGAGAGUUGUGCCAACAUUUAAGAUAUACAAACUUGGGAUUCGGAUGAAAGAGAUUGUGUGUCCAAGCAAGGAAGCGCUGGAGAAAACAGUGAGGCACUAUGGCCUUUAGCAAACUCAAAACACUUAAUAUUCACAAAAACAAAAAAAAGGGGAGAACUUGUCAGUAAUCUGAUUUGAUUCAUUUAUUGCUCUGUUAGAUUUAGAAAUUGAAAGAGAGAGAUUAGUAAUGUGUAAAUAGAGCAGAUUUUGGCUACCUAGGUGGUGAAACCAUAUAAAAUAAGCAGAGAGAAAACCAUUCAUUCAUGUUGUCAAAACAUUUUUCCAUCAAUAAAAAAAGU